UUCCUCUAUAUUACUUGUACACCCCUAUGUUGUAAGUGGUAAGUCACACCGCUGGUUGCCAUGACGUUACGCCCCUAAAAUGGCGGACAAAAACACUUCGAAAGAAGAACUGGACAAGUUUCUCCAAAAUGUGGACGAUAUCCAGUCCAUCAUCAAGGGGAUGGCAUCAGGAGAUACUGAGACCCAGCAGAAGGCUUGUCAGGCUGCAGACGAGAGACUGGGGAAGAUCGGGAGGAGACCGCCUGUGGACAACACUGGAGUCAACAGAACUGUCGUCAACCAGAGAGCCUUCGACGAGCUGAGCAGGGGGCAGCAGCAGGGACCUGAAGCUACAGGAGAAAUGGGUCAAGAAGCCUUCAUGGACUUCAUUGAGAAGGACGCAGCUGAACGAGCAGCAAGGAAGAAGGAGCAGAAGAAGGAGGCCACAGUGCUUAAGGAGAAGGGCAACGAGGCCUUUAAGGCAAGAGACUUCCAGACUGCCGUGGACUUCUACACUCAAGGAUUGGAGAAGCUGAAGGACUUUAAGGAACUGUGGACCAACAGGGCUCAGGCAUACAUCAAGCUGGGACAAUAUGAUGAAGCUCUCUCAGAUUGUGAUUGGGCAAUGAGGUGUGAUGACAAGUAUGUGAAGGCGUACAUCCACAAAGGCAGGGCACUGGUAGCCAAGAAGGAGUAUGACAAGGCCUUUGAGACUUACCAAGAGGCACUGAAGGUAGAUCCAAAGCAAGAAAGAACUGUCAAUGCUUACAUCAAAGACCUGCAGACAGCGCGAGCAGUAGACCAGGAGGAGGAGAAGGCUAAGGAACUGAUUGAGCGUGGAGCCGAGGACGCAGAUUGCGUGCUGGGGCUCAUCAAGAGGAUCAAAAAGCGGAACGAGCCAGUGAUAUUCUACACUGGAGGACUGAAGAUGCUCUAUGUGUACCUGAAGGAAUGCACAGAAGACAAACAUGCUGCCCAGACAGUGUUCCGCACAUGUGGGGGAUUCAAGUUGAUUUCUGAUGUUCCUGUUAUAGCAAGAUGUAUGAAUGCUCCUGCAAAUCUGACAGAAGAGGAAGUUGACAUGUGUGAGGUGUUGUUAAAGUUGUACAGGGAGGCAAACAAGAACAAUGUGGUGAACCAGAAACACUCCAUAUCGAUGCCAGGCAUGCCGGAGAUCCUGACUAACCUGCUCCAUACCAGCCAGAACGAAGCCCUGUCUGACGCCUGCGUAGCCAUCAUCAACGAGCUAUCCCAGAAUGCAGAGGGCAGGACGGCUGUAGUCAACAGCUUUGAUACCACAAGGCUGAUGCAGGGUUUGUUGAAGUUCAUGAACAUCGGUUCUUCUCUGUCGGCUGCCAAUGCUGUAGGAACCCUCAACAACCUCGCUAUUAAUAAAAAAUUCCUUAUGCAGUUCAGGGACAGUUUUGAGGAAUCUUUGCUGCCGGCUUUUGAGAACAUUAUAACGAGGUGUGCAGAGAUCAGUCUGACCGUCGUGCCCAGCUGUGUGUCCAUGGUCAGUAACAUGGCAGCGGACCCAGUACUCAGGAGAUGCAUGUCCGCACGGGCGCAGCUCUGGGAGGCCUGCUUGCAAGCCAUGGACGUGUGCCUGUCAGACCAGACCAAGUACGACGAGGUUCUGGAGCCCCUGACAGGUCUGAUGGUCAACCUCACACUCAAACCCACAGCAGUUCCUCAGGAACCAGUAGUUGCUUUAGCAACUGUGUCCAAGAUCCAUGGCCUGUUGGACAGCCCUAAUGCCACCAUAGUUCAGAGAUCUGCAGGUAUUUUGAGUCACAUUCUUCCUCAUUCUGAGGAAAGUGUCAAAGUCUGCCAGGACACAGCACCUCUUGGACUCUUCAGACUUCUGAAGGAUCCUGAUCUACUGACUGUGAAGUAUGCCAUGAAGGCCCUGUCAGCUUGUACUAAAGAUAGUGAGAUUGCCAGAAGAACUGUCUUACAACAGGACAACAAGAUUGAAACUCUGAGAAGUCUGCUGAAGGUGGAAGACGAACAGCUCCAAGCGAACAGCGCCUUGUGUGUCGGUCACCUGUUGAGUGACAAAGCCCUGUGCGAGAGGCUGUACGGGACAGACAUAGUGAUGGAACUGCUGAGACAUGUCGCAGACCACAAGAAUGGCGUGGUGCAAAAGAACUGUGCCAUCGCACUGGCUAAUCUGACACAGGAAGACAGAAGACACAUUAACAGAUUACGAGAGCUCCGUGGCUUGGGCAUCCUCCGUGAUUGCAUGAAACAUUUCAACUAGUGACUCUCCUCUUCUACCCCUCAUCUACUGUAGUACAUGGUGUUGGGGAAGGUUUUUCUUGAUGAAGGUGCCUUGCUACUGUUUGAUAGUCAUGAUAUUACAGUCUUUGGCAGUUAUGGAUUUAUUGUACUGGUGUGUGGGCAACAUUCUAUAGCAAAUGUAGCUAUACAAGAUGUAAUACUGAGGUGUGAGUUUGGUCAUACCUGUAUGUCUCAAGGUGGUUUCGGACAUGUUUAAUUGUCUUCCAUUUAAUAUCAGACAGCAGGUACUGUUGGAGGUUACAAAAAGAGAACGUAUUGUGCAUAUUAUAUUAAAAUAUUUCAUAGUGAAGGGAUGACAUGAUAUAUUGUAUAUGAUUGUGUUGAAUUGAAAAAGGAUUUGCCUUGCCCAUCAACUGUGUGACUUUUAGAUAUUUGUAUAGAUCAUAAUGCAACAGCCACAGAAUGAUUUCUAAGAUAAUUUCCGUAUCCUUGGUUUAUUUUGUAGUAAUGUUAUUACAGUCUUUGGUAGUUAUGAAUUUAUUGUACUUGUGUGUGGGCAACAUUUUAUAGCAAAUGUCAAACACUUAUUUUCUGCUUUGAUUGGUGUAAACAAAAAGGGCUAAAUUAAAGUUCUUGUGACAUGAUAUUU